CAAAAAUCUCAGUAAGGGGGAGUGGAAAGCGUUACGUGACCUACAAGAUAGGCAAGAUAUUAUGAUUUUACCUGCAGAUAAGGGUAGAUCUGGGAUCACGACACGUACACUGAACUGGAUAGGGACCCAACCGGUAGGUACACACGAGAGGUAAGGGGGGCGCUAAAGGACUUAGAACAACAGGGCAAAUUGGACAGAAAAACGUAUCUAAAACUGUACCCGUCGGACCCGACUCCGCCAUUGCUUUAUGGGCUACCGAAGGUGCACAAGCAGGGCGUUCCGCUACGUCCCAUCGUGUCUAGCAUAGGCAGUGUAACGUACCAGCUGUCCAAACAUUUAGCUAGCAUAUUAUCUCCUCUGGUAGGCAAGUCUGAACAUCAUGUCAAGGACACGGCGAGUUUCAAAGAGAGUUUACGAGAUGUUACGCUCAGUGACGAUGAGACCAUGGUUUCUUUUGACGUCAAAGCGCUGUUCACAUCGGUACCGACAGAGGCAGCAUGUGAAGUAGCACGCCAGAGACUCGAAGAAGAGUUUUUGGAUGAGGAAAGCAAGGUAAGAGCGGAAACAGCACUGGAGGUCGAGGAUAUCAUAAAAUUGUUACGGCUCUGUUUGGGUACUACUUACUUUAGGGUUAACGGAAAGUUCUUUAAGCAAAAGUGGGGCACGGCCAUGGGGAGUCCAGUGAGCGUUGUGGUGGCCAACUUGUUCAUGGAAUCGUUCGAAUCCAGUGCACUCCAGUCGUUUCCACACCCAGUGAAACUGUGGAGACGCUACGUAGAUGACACGUUCGUGAUCUUAAAGAAAGAUCAGGUAAGUGAACUACUCGACCACCUCAACGCUCAGCACGAGAGGAUUGAAUUCACGCUCGAGGAGGAAAAGGAGGGAUCCUUACCUUUUUUGGAUGUAAAGGUACAUAGACUGGGAGGGGGGACCAUGAAGACCGAGGUGUUCAGGAAAGCAACUCAUACGGACAAAUACCUUCACUAUGAAUCACACCACAGCUCACAGCACAAGGCAUCAGUCCCACAGACACUUUUCACACGGGCAUCACGACUCACGACAACACCUGAGGACGAGGAACGCGAGACAGGGAAGAUAGAACGGGCACUGGUGAGGAACCACUACCCAAAGCGAAUGGUGCGCCGUAUCCACAGGCGGGUAAAAAAUAGAGAACGACUACGCAUGGGAGAGGGUGGUGGUUCUGAACGGGUAGGCAGGGAACAGGAGGAGGACAAACGGGUUUAUGUAAGCAUCCCUUACAUCCAGGGGGUGAGUGAACAGGUCACGCGCGUCCUCCGACCCUACGCGAAGGUCAGCACGAGACCUGCAGCGAACCUUAGUGCUAGGCUCGUCAAACCCAAGGACAAAUUAGGGAUCAAAGAGAAGGCUGGGCUGGUCUAUCAGUAUAAGUGCCAGUGCGGGGAACAUGUCAACUCCAGCAUGACGUGUUCCCAGUGUACCUGCAUGUAGUUUCUUUAUUCCUCAGCAGUUGUCAUCCCCUUGG